CGAAAAAUCGUACACGCGAAAAUGAAAUAAAGCGGUCGGCUCGUCCUGUGGUAUCCGAGAACAAUUGUGAAACGAGUGUACAACUUCGAAGAAGACGAAAAACUAGCAAAAAUUACACCAAAAAAAAAACAUCGAAGUUUAGAAAUUUUAUGUGCGAUUUACACCUUCUUAAUUAAGAAACAACGAUGGAUAGUGCAUCGAGCAUGAGGUGGCGAGUCGUUGUUUUCCUGAUAUUGCUAACAAUAACAAACUUGACGAGUGCUCAGGAUGAGGACGAGACGAGCACCGAAGUUCAUUACAGCGUCAGCAGCAGCACAAGCGUUGAGAAAUCAAUUAAUCCUAUUCACACGUCCGACUUAAUUAGUAAUCAUACGAGGGAGGCCCUAUCGCACGAUGCCAGCGAGCAUGAAUCGGUGGUUUUCAUUGGUGAUAACGCUGGAUACGUCCCGGUGCCAUCUCUUCGCACUAGAGCACCAAACGUGGACGAAGAUUGGAGGUUGCCAAAUGUGGACACCUGGGACAGGGAGUACAGAAGAUUCAGAUUCAACACGACGCGCGUCCAGCAUAUUGAAGCUGAAUGUCAAGAUGAUUAUAUGAAAAUCAGGGUGGGCUUCAACGGAACGUUCACUGGACUCGUCUAUUCCGCAGGAUAUGCGUACGAUCCCGAUUGUAUGUAUAUUAACGGAACCGGAAGAGAUUAUUACGAAUUCUACAUCCAGUUAAACAGAUGCGGAACAUUAGGGAAGAACACGCACAACGAAGAUAACAGGAAGUCGCCCACGAAAAACUUCAUGUGGAAUACGGUCACCGUUCAAUAUAAUCCAUUGAUCGAAGAGGAAUAUGAUGAGCAUUUUAAAGUUACUUGCGAAUACGGAUACGAUUUCUGGAAAACCGUCACGUUUCCUUUCUUAGACGUUGAGGUAGCCACUGGUAAUCCAGUUGUCUUCACUUUAACUCCACCCGAAUGUUACAUGGAAAUUCGCUAUGGAUAUGGUACAUCCGGAAAUAGGGUAACAGGAGCUGUCAGGGUUGGUGACCCCUUGACCCUUAUUAUCUAUAUGAGAAGCAAAUAUGAUGGAUUUGAUAUUGUUGUUAACGAUUGUUAUGCUCACAACGGCGCCACCAAGAAGAUCCAGUUAAUUGAUGAAUACGGGUGUCCAGUCGAUGACAAACUAAUUUCACGGUUUCGCGGAUCUUGGUCGGAGAGCGGAGUCUACGAAACGCAGGUUUUUGCAUACAUGAAAACCUUCAGGUUUACAGGAUCUCCGACGCUUUACAUCGAAUGCGACGUUAGAAUGUGUCACGGCAGAUGUCCAUCUCAACCUUGUCAUUGGCGUAACAUCAAGAAUACAAGACGUCGUCGUGAGUUGACAGCAUCUACGACGGCAGCACCAGCCCUUUCCGAGAAUAUAAACUUGUUCCAAUCGUUGCGAGUCCUGCAGGAAGGAGAAUCAGAUGAAAAUAGAAAUGCCACCUCGCAAACUUUAGUCGCAGAUCCAAACAACGUUUGCAUGAAAGCCGGUUGGUUCUCUGCCCUGUUGGCAUUUGGUGGCGGAGCGAUGUGUCUUUUGGGAGGAGCUUUAUUGGCGACGUGCACGAGAUUGAAGCGAUCUGCCAUCGACAAAGUGUUAUCCACCGGACACUUCGACGGUUACAUGAACCACAAGGGAUCCAUUAACUGAGCGGAAGAUCCCAACCAGAGUUUCAGACUGAUUGUGCUUAAUAAUACGUAUUUAAACUACACCGUAUGUGACUAAGUGAAGUUGGCAUUCGGCCAAUUUUAG